UGAUUGUGCCGACCCUUAGUCCCGAGAUCCGACGAUGAGCAGGACGAUAUCUCUAAGAUAGCAUCGACUUCAGGCCUCGUCUCGUCCAAUAAAUUUUACUCAGCCUACUUCGUCGCAAUAAAGUGAGUAAACCUAGACCAGUCAUUUCUCCAUACGGCGGAACACGACCUCGAAAUACCAUGAGCGACGUGGAGAAGCACUCCGCCUCGCGGGACUCUAGUAAAGAGGCAAAUCAUGUGGAAUCCUUCGAUGGUCUUCCUCCUGAUCCAGAUGCCCAUCUUUCCCUUGAAGAAAGGGACAAGAUAGACAAAAAACUCAUUCGAAAACUUGAUUGGAUAUUAAUACCUUGGCUUUGCAUUCUAUAUUUGCUUGCGUUCUUAGAUCGGUCCAACAUUGGCAACGCGAAAGUCGCGAAUCUGCCGCAGGAUUUGCAUCUGAGGCUUCCAGAUCAGUACAAUGAAACACUUACGAUUUUUUUCAUUUCGUACUCGCUCUUCGAGCCUCUCACCAAUGUUCUGCUAAAGAGGCUGCGGCCGUCCGUGUUCAUCCCAAUUAUCAUGGUGCUAUGGGGUGCCUCAAUGACAGGCAUGGGCUUCGUAUACAACUACUCCGGCCUAAUGGCAGCGCGUUGGUUUCUCGGUCUGGCCGAGGCCGGGCUUUUCCCCGGUGUAAAUUAUUAUCUAUCAUGUUGGUAUCGCCGAUCCGAGUUCGGCGUUCGUGCUGCUAUUUUCUUCUCGGCAGCAGCUAUUUCGGGUUCUUUCGGUGGUCUCCUUGCUGCCGCAAUAGAAUUGAUGGACGGCAUAGGUGGCCGACCCGGUUGGGCUUGGAUCUUCAUCUUGGAAGGACUCCUUACUGUGGUGUUUGGCGUCGCAUCCUUCUGGAUGGUGCAUGACUUCCCUGAUCAAGCCCGAUUUCUCUCGGACGUGGACCGUAUUCGCGUAGUCCGUCGACUCAAGCUGGACCAACAAUCUUCGGCCGAACAUGAAGAAUGGAAAAUAAGCUAUCUCAUUGCCGGGCUUAAAGAUUGGAAGAUGUGGCUUGGUAUGGUUAUCUACAUGGGCUGCGACAUGCCUCUAUAUGCCUUUUCGCUUUUCUUGCCCAGCAUUAUCCAGGAGCUAGGCUGGAGCACAAGUACCGUCCGCUCCCAACUUUUGAGCGUGCCGCCAUAUGCCGCGGCCGCUUUGCUGACCGUUGUCAUUGGUUUUGUCGCCGAUCGAACCCGUCAACGAGGUCUGUGCAAUAUCGUCGUCAGUUUCAUCGGUAUUGCUGGAUUCUUGAUGCUUCUCGCCUCGACCGACGCCAGGGUUAAAUACGCUGGUACCUUCCUCGGCGCUUUAGGAAUAUAUCCAUGCAUCUCCAAUACCAUCACCUGGAUGGCAAACAAUACUGAAGGAGUAUAUAAACGGGGCGUCGUGCUCGGUUUUGUGAUUGGUUGGGGCAACUUGAACGGCAUUGUCAGUUCAAACAUCUACUACAACCCACCGCGAUACCUUGAAGGCCACGGUAUUAUGGUCGCGUAUAUGACACUUUUUCUGUUAGGAGGCAGCGUGCUCAUGACGACGCUACUUCGCAUCGAGAACAAGAAGAGGCGCGAAGGCAAGCGCGAUUACCGUAUCGAGGGCAAGAGCGCGGCCGAAAUCGAGGCCUUGGGUGAUGCCAAACCUGACUUCAUGUACACGGUCUGAUGGAAAAUUGGGUCGAUAUGGAUGUAUAGAAUGGCGUGGCCGCGGGGUAUGAAGAUGCUCUGGAUACCUUCCCUAACUUGUCUUGGUUGUCGACUGGGUUUAGUGUUGUAUUAAAGGGGAAAUGGGGGUGGUUUUUAGACCGGCACUAUUUCUACGGACACGAA